UCUCCCCCCGCCACCGCCCCCGGUUGCCAUGGGAACGCGCCGCGGACGCGGGGGGCGGGUCUCGGGCGCGGGGAGGAGCCGGGGAGGCGCGCAGCCCAGCGGCCCCGCCCCCUCCGCGGGCGGACCCUGCGCGCGGCCGAGUCCGCAGCGACCCCCGCGCCCCGCGCCCACGGCGGCCGCGCUCCUCCGGCACGAGCCCCGGGACCCCGCGCAGACCCGCCCGGACCCCGACGCCGACUCCGGGGGCCUGUUCGACGAGCCGCCCCCGGAAGAGCCCCCCGCGGCCCGCGCGCCCCGGUCGGCGUCGGCCGCGGGCAGGAGGGCUGGUCGGCGCGCCGGCGGGAGGGCGCGGGGGGCCCGCGCGGGGCAGCCCCCCAGGGCCGAGACGCGCGCCCCCCCCUCCCCGGACGAGGGCUGCUGCCUGGACCAUUGCCCGCACCUGUCCGUCUUCGUCUACGCGGCCAUCGCCUUCUCCAUCACCUCCUGCUUCUUCAGCUAGGGAGUGGCGCCAUGUGAUCUGAUCAAAGGUUGGCUGUACAUCAGGUGCACGUGAACCCUGUGACCUCACCACAAGGCCCUACCGCUCGUCCCUUGCUCUGUAAAAGUCUGCGGACUGAGGGCCAGAUGUGGCCGAGAAGAGCCGGGCAGCUGGAUGGUUGGCCGCCCGAUCCCGCGUCAGUACGUUACCCCGAAGGAAACUGUUACCUGUGCGGGGUCGCCUGCUGCUCUCUGGUCUCAGAGCCUUCUCGAUCCGGGGGACACUCUACCGCCCGUUCCCCACCUUGUAACGGGACCCAUGUCUGCUCUUUAUUUUCCAUUAACACCGCGCCCAACUGUCUACCUACCAGCUGCCUGGUGCCGCGGCAGCAGGACGGGGGUACCCAGCGGGCACGGGCCUGACACCGAGGGGGAACGCAUACUAGGAAAGCAGGGGAGAAGGCGUCCGAGGAAACCGAAGGUUGGGAUUCGCGGAGA